ACAAAUAUCCAAGAUGUAUGAUGUGACGUCAUACAAGAACUACGCAGUUGACCUUGUGGCCGUAUCGAUUCUUUAAGUCUGUGAUCGGACGGGUAGUGGCACCCACUGUUACAAGGCGCUCACCGACUGUCCUAAAAUUUGUCGUAAGUUGUUUCUUGUAGAAAAAAAGAAAAAACAAAGAAAAAAACAAGUAAAAAUGGCUUAAAAAUUAAAUGCUGAGGGGGUCGGUCAAUUGCUUUCGCCUGUUAGUAGGAGCGCGUAACAUGUCGAAAAGGUUCAAGUCGGACAUGCCUCCCGGGGCCCGAUCCGGUUCGCCGACCGAGAACAUCAUCAACGAAGACACGUACUACGAAAACUUCACAGAGCUGCCGGCACCGAUCAAAUCGCCUUCGGACAAGAAAAUUUAUUCGGCGUUGAAACUUCAAAACGGCCUCGUCUGUACUAUCGUAUCGGACGUGACGAAUCUGGUCGAAUUGGAAGAGCUCGACUCGGACAUCGAUGAGACCUCGUCUAGCGACUAUUACAGCGACUCGGUUUCCGUCACGAGCGACCAGAGCCUCGAUCUCGACUCGAGGCAAUCCAAAAUUCCGCCGAAGGAGGAAAAACUGGCCGCGUGCUCGCUCACAGUGAACGUCGGCAGUUUCAGCGACCCCGAGGCGAUCCAAGGCCUGGCCCAUUUCGUCGAGCACAUGGUCUUCAUGGGGAGCAGCAAGUACCCGAAGGAGAACGAGUUCGAUUCUUUCAUCACGAAGAACGGCGGCUCGGACAACGCGACGACGGAAUGCGAAUACACGACUUUUUACUUCGAAUGCCAGGAACGCCAUUUGGAAAAGGCUCUCGACAUUUUCUCACAAUUUUUCAAAGCUCCCCUCAUGAAAAAAGAGGCGAUGACGAGGGAGAGGCAGGCGAUAGAAUCCGAGUUUCAAAUGGCUCUGCCUUCCGACACUUACAGGAAGCAGCAGCUCCUCUGCUCCAUGGUGCACGAGAACAACCCGGCACACAAGUUCACAUGGGGCAACGAGUUGACGCUCAAGGCAAACAUUACAGAUGAUUUCCUUUACAAGUCUGCGCAUAAUUUUAGAAAGGAGCAUUAUUCAGCGCACAGGAUGAAGCUGGCGAUACAAGCCCGACUGCCAGAAGAGUUGCUCAGGAAAUGGGUCAUCAACUACUUUUCCGGCAUCAAGAACAAUGGCAGUCCAAAGGUGGUGUUUAAAGUACCGAACCCUACUGGGGAAAAUUUCAACAAGCUCUAUUACGUGGAAUCUGUGAACGAUACAUUCAGACUGGACAUGAGUUGGAUGCUCCCGCCUGUUAUCGAUCAUUACAGGUCUAAACCCCUGAGUUAUCUGUCUUCAAUAAUCGGGCAUGAAGGAAAAGGCAGCCUUCUCUCGUAUUUGAAAAAGAAGCUUUGGGUCAUGUCGUUAACUGCAGGCAACUCAGAUGAAGGGCUUUCUUCAAACAGUAUAUACAGUAUUUUCUCAAUUUCUAUGUUUCUCACCGACCUCGGCCGUUCACAUUUGGACGAAGUCCUGCUCGCCGUGUUCUCCUACUUGAAGAUGCUCCGUAUGAAUUGCCCUAAUGAAUAUUUGUUCAACGAGCUGAAAACGAUAGCCGAUGUGGAUUUCAAGUAUCAAGAGGAGUCUGACGCUGUAACCAAUGUCGAAAACCUUUCAGAGAACAUGCUAUAUUACAAUUCGGAAGAGUUUAUAACAGGGCCGGAAUUGUAUUUUGAGUACAAUCCUGAGCUUAUAGUGAAGUUCUUGAACAUGAUGCAGCAUUACAAUGUUAACAUAAUGGUAAGUGCCAAGGCGACAGCAAACCACAUGACCCUCAACAGAGUUGAGCCGUGGUUCAAUACAAGAUACUACACCUCGGAUAUUCCCCAACAGUGGAUUAAAGAUUGGAAGGACAUACAUAUCAUGGACGAUUUUCAUCUACCGGAAGUUAACAAUUUUAUAACAAAUGAUUUCUCUUUGAUUGAAUCCUCUAAAGUAAGCAGAUACCCAGAGAAAUGUAAAUCCAACGAUCAGAUUACCAUUUGGUACAAAGGGGACGAUAAGUUCCUCUUGCCUGUUGGAUUCGUCGGAAUACACAUUCUCAAGAACAAUUUACACAAAAACUCAUUGACCACCGUCAUGGCAUCCGUCUAUGUCAGAGCGCUCAAAGAGUUGUUGAUGGAAAGGCUUUAUCCAGCCUGCGCUGCGCUGUAUGAAUUCAGUUUUGAAGUGAACGAGUAUGGCAUCAGUAUUAAUGCUUAUGGGUACAACCAGAAUUUGCAUCUCUUACUGGAUGAAAUAGCCCAGGGCAUAUUUAACAUCGGGUCCAAUAUAUCGAUAGGAUUUUUUAACGCCAUUCAAGAAGUCCUGCUUCGUAAUUUCUACAAUGAAAAUCUUAACACCAGUUCUGUUGCGAGGGAAUUGCGAAUGUCAAUCUUGGUGAAAGAGUAUUACUCUCAUUUGGACAAAUUCAGAGCGUUAAAAGUUCUAGAUUACGACACAUUUUUAAAUUUCAUAGCUGACUUUUUUAAAAAUGUACGCUUUCAGUGUCUGGUACAAGGGAAUCUCACUAAAGAUGAAGCCAUUGCGUGUUGUGAAAAUUUUGUCAGUAAGUUGAAAAGCACACCGCUGUCUGAUGACAACCUGCCUCAUUUCACAGUCUUGGAAUUGCCCAUAGGCGAAAAAUGCGUCCGAGUCAAUUCAUUCAACUUGGAAGAUAAAAACUGUGUGACGACUAACUAUUACCAGUUCUGCCCCGGCUACAUAAAAGACUGUGUGGCGCUUGAAUUGAUUCUUAUGAUGAUGGAGGAGCCUUUGUUCGAUAAAUUGAGGACUCAGGAACAACUCGGAUACGACGUGUCUUGCAGCGUCAAGGAGAUAUACGGAAUAAUCGGAUUUACGAUAAGCGUACAUUCUCAAAUUGAUAAAUUCACUGUUGACCAUAUUCAAAGCAGGAUGGCCGAUUUUCUUCACAAGUUCCAGGAUUUCAUCAAAAAGAUGCCGGAUGAAGAGUUCAAAGACGCGGCCAACACGUUGAUCAAAGUAAAAAAAUGCGUUGACACCCAUCUCAAAGAAGAGGCCAGGAGGAACUGGAUUGAGAUAAAGAACAUGGAAUACGUCUUCGACAGAAUCGAGAAAGAAAUAAAGUGCAUUUGCGCCCUCAAGAAGAAACAUCUGAACCAGCUCUUGGGCAAAUACCUCUCGCCAGAUAAAAACUAUAAAAAAUUGACUAUCCAGGUCGUAGGGCACAAGACGGCCAGGUGCGAGACGAAAAAAGACUACAACCCGUCCAAUAUUCCAGAGGAGCUGAUGUACGAGUUUGUUCACUACGCUACUGACCAGCAGUACCAUCAUUUCAUCACAGACUUGUACGAGUUCAAAAAUAAUUUGAACAGCUAUCCUCAUCAUAAAUUGAUCAGUUAAUAAUGACGUAUGCAUUGUGGGCGUUAACUUUCUUUGUAUCAUAAUAUUGUACAAGUAAUAAAUUUUUCUAUUACA